AUGACAUACGUCCCAAAAAGAAAUGUAUCCUAUGAAGCUGAAUUUAGACAAACAUUCCCAGGCGAUAGAGCAUCAAAAAAAGCAAUUACAAAAUGGCGAUUUCGACGUACGAAACCAAUUGUGACUGCUCUAGAUUAUUUUGGUAAACAACAGAAUUUAUCAAACAGUAAAUUAAAACAAUCUCAACUAGGUGCGAGUGAAGAAAUUCAAGAUGAUCUUUCAGAUGAUAUUCAAAGCAUGGAUCAACCAUUAUCUGCAAGAAAAAGAUUUGUACAUGAUCAAUUCCAAAAUGCAUUAUGGUAG